AUGGCGACGACAUCCACUGCGGCGCCUGCCCGUCGUCAUGCACGUCAAGACUCUAACGGAGGCAUCCCGCCUCUGAGACCACAGGCCUCCUCGCCUACUCUGACAAACCCUGACAUGAUCCUGCCCGACUACGACGACCCCGAACCGCUCCCGCCAAGCCUGCAACACCAAUCCCAUGGCUGGGGAAGCAUGCCGCUCGACACUGACCAGAUGUUUGACUUUCCCGACGUCGUCGACUCGUCGACCGCCUAUCCUCUCAACACCCCCAUCAUCUAUGGCAACGGCACCAUGCUCUCCGACAUUGGUGAGGUCACCGAGGUCGAGAGCAACGUCGGCGGCCCGACGCGCCAGCUCUCCGGCCGUUCGAAUCUUUCCCGUCGCGGCAACUACGACGACGACAACAUGACUGCCAGGCUGUCUCCUCCAACCGCGGGUGGCCAGAAAAAGUUUGUCCGUCGGGCCCCCGGUGCCAAUGCGAGGGAUAACUGGACGUCAAUUGACUCGGCGCACACAAUCCCAACGCAUCACGAUGGCACCUUUGCCGAUUUUGACGACUCCGUUAGCAUCGACGACAGCAACUUUCAAGGCGACGACGAGGAAAGCGUCGCUUCCUUCUACCUGGAGGAGCACACGAUACCGCGCGAUGCGCUAGCGCCCAAGAGCUCCGACUUGUCCACCAACGAGGACAGAUACUCUACGUCCUCCAUUAGCCGAAGAGCUGAGCAGAUCCUGGCCAAUGCCAAGCGCCGGCUGACGACUAUGGAAGGCAAUCUCACGAGAGCGCGAACUUUCAGCUAUUCCUCCGUCUCUGACGGUUCUACACCCUCUCCGAUACGAACGCCAAAAUCGCCUGGUUUUAGAACACCAGUCCAUGCACGCAACAUUAGCGACCACAGCAUCGCAACCCCGAUGCAAAACGCCAUGCCUCCAAGGUCCGCCAGUGCACUCGGUGCUGCCGGAGGUUAUCGCCAACCGCUUCCACAGUCUCGCAGUGCUGAUGCGAUUCUUCGCACCAGCCACGGAAUAUCUCAACAUCCGCUUGAUCUCGCCCUGGAACCGCUAAGCGAAGAUGAUGGUACUCAAGAUGGAGACAAUUCAGACAGCACCCAGAUCGCUCGAUAUGCCAGUCCGACAUUCAAUGGCUACAACGACGGAGGCAUAGUGCGCUCUUCUUCGGCGGCCCAAAUGCGUGGAAUCCAGGACCAGAUGAAUGGCUUAAAAGGCAGAAUAUUUAGUCUCAGAGAACAGACUGCUGCUGACAGCAUGAAACGUCGGAGUCUACAAAGUUUGCGCACGCAGAGCCUCUUCACGAACGCCAUAGUCGAGGGUGGAGAGUCGGAAUCGAAGCAAGUGGAAGCCCAGGACGAAGGGUCGCCGGCUCUCGGCAGCCCAUUUCGCCCCGAUUUCGCCAAGGAAGACAACGACAUACCAUCUGAGCAAGAUGUAGAACGCACGCCGCCUUGGAAGAAAGCCGAACGUGACCUUGUCGUCGCCCGACACAGCCCUAUGCAGAACCUUCAUCAAGCAUAUUUGAAGGACGAGAAUACCCCGCCAAAGAGCAAAGCGGCUGCGGCCAAAGAGAAGUUUGAUAAGUUUGAACAGUUCGGCUAUGCGGAUGAUGACGAGGAUCUCCGUACUGAAAACGGAGACGCCGAGGACGCUUCCGACGCCCACACCAAAGACCUUGCCGAAGAAGAGGCUGCGAAAAACUCAGAUGCUAAAGAUUUUGAUGCCGACAGUGUCAGUGAGAGCGGUGAUUCUCUGUAUCACGAGGCUUACCAGCAUCCCAUGUCUCACGAAGACAGAGAGGAUGCAUUUGACUACGAACACUUUUUCCUACACUCGGCCAUGGGCCACCUUAGCAGACAGAGCUAUCGAAAUCCCGACGACGAUUCCGAGAGCGCAUGCUCAGAGGACUCUGUUGAGACGACGAGAGCUGCCCCAGCGGCGCCUUCUGGUCGCCCACGACGGCCAAGCCUUGAUACUGUGACGUCAGUUGACAGUUUUGCCACGGCGCGAGAAGGACUUGAAAGCCGCGCCUCUGCCGUUGACUCAGUAGACGAUGGCUACGAAUCCCCCAUCAUUGGCGUCGCUCAGCUGCAGAAGCAGACGGAUGAACGUCUCACUUUGGGUGCACAGGAAAGCGGGAGUAGCAGCGAAGAUUCGCGCUCCUCGCGUGAGCGACAUGGCCCCCGUGGCGCAUUCCAAUUCCGACCGGCCGCCAUGGCAGCUGAUGCUGUUGGUCACCCUAAGCGUCUUGGCCUGCACCGCCCAUCGGUAUCGUCUUUCGAAUCCACCGGCACAAACCGGAGCUUUCCUCUGAUUGGCAAGUCGAGGCUGAGCGGGAACACGACUCCAAGGGAUUCUCCGGAUCAUAUGAUGCGGAGUAUGCGCAGCCAACCCCAGAGUCGACGAAGCAGCUUAAACGAGCACGUACUGGCAAAGAUGUCGAAUGGAUCUAUCGCUGGCUCGGCGAACGGCUCCCAGAAUGGGUCUGUGAAUGGGUCAGUCAACGGGUCUGUACUUGGCCCUUCCAGUGGCUCUCAAAACGGCUCUGCACAUGGACACUCUAGCUCCAUGAACGGCGGAGCUGUAAAUGGAUCACAGAGCGUCGCACUGCCAUCGCCCACGAUGCAGCCUCUUUGUGGCGAGGAUCAAGAAUCCAUCGACCUUUUGCUGGCGAGCAUUCAAAAGUGUGCCGUCGGAUUACGCGACACGACACCAUCGGGCAUCAAAAUGCACGAUACCUAUCGACGAAGACUAGAAGCUGCUCGACAGAUCCUCGAUGGCGCUCCAGACUCGUUUUAG